UGUUUCGUUAAAAUGGCAUUUUAUUACAGACUGUAGUGCAUGUUUAUUUUACUUUUACUGCAGUUUCAUCCAUUGUUGAUAUAGACGAACCGGUCUAUAACUUAUGCAAUUUGUAAAAAUACUUUACAAAUGAUGGUAAAAUCUGGCUUCACGGGUCUUGUGAGCAGGGCACACCCAGAAGUGCCAAGAACCUAUCAAAACUGAAGACUCACGCCGUUGUUUCCUGAACCAAGCCUUUCUGUGUACGGCGUGUGUAGAUCGGCGUCGUGAACGUUCAUCGGGUCCACACUGUUGCAUGCAUCCCUUUUGGGUCAACAGGCCUCCGUACGCAGGAUUUGAUGGAGUGGCAGCCAGAUGAACAGGGACUCCAACAGGUCCUUCAGCUCCUGAAAGACUCCCAGUCUCCAAACACAGCCACACAGAGAGCUGUGCAGCAAAAACUAGAGCAGCUGAACCAAUUUCCUGACUUCAACAACUAUCUCAUCUUUGUCCUGACCAGACUGAAAUCUGAGGACGAGCCCACACGCUCUCUCAGCGGUCUGAUUCUUAAAAACAAUGUGAAGGCUCACUACCAGAACUUCCCUCCGGCAGUGGCAGACUUCAUCAAGCAGGAAUGUCUGAGCAGCAUUGGGGACCCAUCCCCCCUCAUUCGUGCUACUAUCGGUAUCCUGAUAACAACCAUCGCUUCUAAAGGGGAGCUGCAGACAUGGCCUGAGCUGUUGCCUCAGCUCUGCAACUUGCUCAACUCUGAGGACUACAACACUUGCGAGGGUUCGUUUGGGGCACUGCAGAAGAUCUGUGAGGAUUCAUCAGAGCUGCUGGACAGCGAUGCACUGAACCGGCCUCUUAACAUUAUGAUCCCCAAGUUCCUGCAGUUCUUCAAACACUGUAGUCCCAAGAUCAGAUCUCAUGCCAUUGCUUGCGUGAAUCAGUUUAUCAUUGGCAGAGCCCAAGCUCUGAUGGACAACAUUGACACCUUCAUAGAGAGUUUGUUUGCGCUGGCUGCGGACGAGGACUCAGAGGUGCGAAAGAAUGUGUGCCGUGCACUCGUUAUGCUGCUGGAGGUCCGCGUUGACCGUCUCAUCCCGCACAUGCACAGCAUUGUUCAGUACAUGCUGCAGCGUACUCAGGAUCCGGACGAGAACGUGGCUCUGGAGGCCUGUGAGUUCUGGCUCACUCUGGCUGAGCAGCCCAUCUGCAAGGAUGUGCUGUCUGGACACCUGGUGCAACUAAUUCCCAUUCUGGUGAAUGGAAUGAAGUACUCUGAAAUUGACAUCAUCUUGCUGAAAGGUGACGUGGAAGAAGAUGAGGCUAUUCCAGACAGUGAGCAAGACAUUAAGCCACGCUUUCAUAAGUCCCGCACAGUCACGCUACAACACGAGGGGGGCGAGGGAGAAGAGGGUGAGGAUAUAGAUGAAGAUGAUGAUGACGACGAUGACACCCUGUCUGACUGGAAUCUACGCAAGUGUUCAGCAGCAGCACUAGAUGUGUUGGCGAAUGUGUUCCGAGAUGAACUGCUGCCCCACCUGCUUCCACUGCUGAAGGAUCUGCUGUUUCAUCCAGACUGGGUCAUCAAGGAGUCUGGCAUCCUGGUUCUGGGGGCCAUUGCUGAGGGCUGUGUGCAGGGCAUGGUUCCUUACCUGCCAGAGCUGAUUCCACACCUGAUCCAGUGUCUGUGUGAUAAGAAGGCUCUGGUGCGAUCCAUUGCCUGCUGGACACUGAGCCGCUAUGCCCACUGGGUGGUGAGCCAGCCACCAGACGCCUACCUCAAACCCCUCAUGACGGAGCUGCUCAAACGCAUCCUGGAUGGCAAUAAGAGAGUGCAGGAGGCUGCCUGCAGUGCGUUUGCAACUCUAGAAGAGGAGGCCUGCACAGAGCUGGUUCCCUAUCUGGGCUUUAUUCUGGACACACUGGUCUUUGCUUUUGGAAAAUACCAGCACAAAAACUUGCUCAUCUUGUAUGAUGCAAUCGGGACACUGGCUGACUCUGUGGGCCACCAUCUCAACCAGCCCGAAUAUAUCCAGAAGCUGAUGCCCCCUCUCAUCCAGAAAUGGAAUGAGCUGAAAGACGAGGACAAGGAUCUCUUCCCUUUGCUAGAGUGUCUGUCGUCAGUGGCUACAGCUUUGCAGAAUGGCUUCCUGCCAUACUGUGAGCCAGUGUACCAACGUUGUGUCACUCUUGUUCAGAAAACCCUCGCUCAGGCCAUGAUGUAUAACCAGCACCCCGAGCAGUAUGAGGCUCCCGAUAAGGACUUCAUGAUCGUGGCCCUGGACCUGCUCAGUGGCCUGGCUGAGGGCCUGGGUGGCCAUGUGGAGCAGCUGGUUGCUCACAGCAACAUCAUGACGCUGCUCUUCCAGUGCAUGCAGGACACCAUGCCGGAGGUGCGACAGAGUUCUUUUGCUCUGCUGGGGGACCUGACCAAAGCCUGCUUCCUUCAUGUCAAGCCCUGCAUCGCUGAGUUCAUGCCCAUCCUCGGCCUUAACUUGAACCCAGAGUUUAUCUCCGUGUGCAACAAUGCUACCUGGGCCAUUGGAGAGAUCUCCAUACAGAUGGGCUCAGGUGACAGGAAGCAGGCAGGUGGUGAAUGUGCAGGGGCAGAGAUGGAGCCGUAUGUGGGGCUGGUGCUUAACAACCUGGUGGAAAUCAUAAACCGACCCAAUACGCCCAAGACUCUACUGGAGAACACAGCCAUUACAAUUGGUCGGCUGGGAUAUGUUUGCCCUCAGGAGGUGGCACCCAUGCUGCCACAGUUCAUUCGUCCUUGGUGUCAGUCACUUAGAAAUAUCAGGGAUAAUGAGGAGAAAGAUUCUGCCUUCAGAGGCAUCUGCUUAAUGAUUGGAGUAAAUCCAGGAGGUGUUGUUCAGGACUUUAUCUUUUUCUGUGAUGCUGUGGCCUCCUGGGUAAACCCAAAGGAAGAUCUGAGGGACAUGUUCUAUAAGAUCCUCCAUGGCUUCAAGGCCCAGGUGGGCGAGGAGAACUGGCAGCAGUUCUGUGAGCAGUUCCCCCUGCAGCUGAAAGAGCGCCUGUCAGCCUGCUACGGUGUUUAGAUACCCCCCCCUUGCUGGCACGGGACACGCCUGUUAGGUCUAAUCUACGGGAGGGUUACUGGGGAACUCAUCCAUGUCUGUGUAUUGCACUGCCCUGCUGCUGGAGGGGGGAGGACGGCGUGAGCUGUGUUCUCGGGGCGGCCCCGCACCCUGUG